GUUUCACGACGGUACAUUUCAAAGUUUUCGUCUUUGUUUUGCCAAGAUAAUGUAGCURCGUUGACAUAGAAAGUUGAAAUAGAAAGGGAGUCUCGUAAAAAUGGUUAAAGAACAGUUUAGAGAAGCUGGUGUCACCAAAAAGAUAAGUCAUGUCAACUUUGGCAUGUUCUCACCAGAGGAAAUGCAGCAAUACUCMCAUCUACARUGCGUCAGCAAAAACCUGUAUUGCCAGGACAAUUCACGCAAACCUGUCCCMUAUGGUGUGCUUGAUGCCCAAAUGGGUACAUGCUCUAAAGACAGAAGCUGUGAGACUUGUGGUAAAGGAUUGGCUGACUGUGUUGGUCACUAUGGAUACAUUGAUCUUGAGCUGCCUGUCUUCCAUGUGGGACAUUUUAGAUCUACUAUUGUAACCCUACAAUGUAUAUGUAAGAGUUGUAGCCGUGUAUUAUUGCCCCCAGCUGAGAAAAAGCAGUUCUUGGAGAGUUUGAAUCGUCCUGUGCUCAGUGCCUUGGCUAAAAAGGGGAUCAAGAAGAAGAUAAUUGAAAAGUGUAAAAAGAUUUCUCAUUGCCCGUAUUGUGAAGCACUUAAUGGUUUUGUGAGGAAAGCAGGAUUGAUGAAGAUUAUACAUGAGAAAUACAAGUCAACAAAAAAGAUACUUGAUCCAGAGAUUUCAGAGUUUCAYAGCUCUUUUGAAGCAGCCAUGGAGCACAACAAAGAGCUUGUUGGUUUUGUCCAUAAAGCACAGGAGGUGCUUAACCCAUUAAGAGUGCUUGAUAUAUUCAAACAAAUCCCCGARAAGGACUGUCCAUUGUUGAUGCUUCGCCCAGGUCUCAGUCAUCCAAAAGAUUUGAUUUUCACGCGUAUUCUUGUUCCUCCGGUGUGCAUCAGACCUUCUGUUGUUAGUGACCUGGCAAGUGGAAGCAAUGAAGAUGAUGUGACUAUGAAGCUGACAGAGAUUGUAUUUCUAAAUGAUGUCAUCCGUAAACACAGAGCAAUAGGGGCCAAGGUGCAGAUGAUUAUGGAAGAUUGGGAUUUCUUGCAGCUUCAGUGUUCUCUGUACAUUAACAGUGAAAUGUCUGGUAUUCCMCUCAACAUGCAGCCCAAGAAAGGGACUAGAGGAUUCGUUCAAAGACUUAAGGGCAAACAAGGACGUUUCCGUGGAAACCUGUCUGGAAAGAGAGUUGACUUCUCUGGUCGGACUGUGAUAUCACCUGAUCCUAAUCUAAGGAUAGACCAGGUUGCAGUUCCAAUCCAUGUAGCCAAAAUAUUAACUUAUCCUGAAMGGGUAACRUCRUCCAAUAUGGCRCUUAUGAAGAAAUUAGUUUUAAAYGGUACAGAUCAACAUCCAGGAGCAAACUUUAUCCAGCAACGAGAAACCAACAUCAAGAAAUUUUUGAAGUAUGGCAACAGAAAGCUGAUAGCCAAGCAAUUGAAGAUUGGCGAUGUUGUAGAAAGACACUUGAUUGAYGGUGAUAUUGUCYUGUUCAAUCGACAACCGUCGCUUCACAAACUGAGCAUUAUGUCUCAUUACGCGACCGUCCGUCCUCAYCGUACAUUCAGGUUCAAUGAAUGUGUCUGUACGCCUUACAAUGCUGACUUUGAUGGAGAUGAAAUGAAUCUCCAUCUGCCACAAACAGAAGAAGCAAAGGCAGAGGCAAUAGAACUUAUGGGGGUAAAGAACAAUCUUGUAACCCCAMGAAAUGGUGAACCAUUGAUUGCAGCAAUCCAGGAUUUUAUUACAGGGGCAUAUCUUAUGACAUACAAGGAUGUAUUCCUUGAUCGCAGUCAAAUAUCCCAGUUGUGUAGYAUCAUGGUUGCUGGUAGAGACUUGACAACAGUGAUUGACCUGCCACCUCCUGCUAUUUUAAAGGUACUCACUCACAUUUCAUUUUAUAUGUAUGCUCUUAUCAUCCCUUCCUAUCUUCCUUCCUUUCUUCCAUCAUCCCCUUCUUCCCUCCCUUCAUCUACUCAUUCGUCCCUUCCCUCNUCUAAUGAAGACUUGUGCCACAAUGACUCUUUUGUGGUGAUUCAUAACAGUGACCUAAUGUGUGGUGUUCUUGACAAGGCUGUUCUUGGUUCAGGCUCUAAAAACAGYAUCUUUUAUGUUCUUCUCAGAGACUAUGGACCUCAGGUUUCAGCAGAUGCCAUGUGGAGACUGGCUAGAGUAUGUCCUUUCUUUUUGAGUAAUCGUGGGUUCUCUAUUGGUAUUGGUGACGUCACACCUGGUCAGGGUUUACUGCAAGCCAAAGAAGAACUUCUGAAUACUGGGUAUUCAAAGUGCGAUGGAUUUAUUCAAGAUUUCAAAGAAGGAAAACUUCAAACUCAACCUGGAUGUUCUGCUGAAGAAACUCUAGAGGCCGUCAUUUUAAAGGAGCUGUCAGUCAUCAGGGACCACGCUGGUAAAGCAUGCCURAGGGAACUCCACAAAACAAACACUCCAUUAAAUAUGGCCCUUUGUGGGUCGAAAGGGUCGUUCAUCAACAUAUCUCAGAUGAUUGCUUGUGUGGGGCAGCAGGCCAUUUCUGGGAAGAGAAUCCCUGAUGGYUUUGAAGAUCGUUCCCUGCCUCACUUUAAACGACAUUCCAAGAUACCAGCAGCAAAAGGUUUCGUGAAGAACAGUUUUUUCUCAGGUCUCACUCCAACUGAGUUCUUUUUCCAUACAAUGGGAGGACGAGAAGGUCUUGUAGAUACAGCUGUCAAAACAGCAGAAACAGGCUACAUGCAGCGACGUCUUGUGAAGUCUUUAGAAGAUCUUUGCUGUCAUUAUGACCACACUGUUCGUAAUUCAGUCGGYGACAUUGUACAGUUUAAAUAUGGCGGCGAUGGACUGGAUCCUACUGACAUGGAAGGGAAAGACAAACCUUUGGAUUUCGCACGGGUGUUUAGUCAUGUACAGUGUAAUCACGUGAUGCGCCAUGAGCGACCAAUGCCUCCUCAAAUGAUACGUCAACGUGUCAACAAAAUAUUAGAUGGCGAAGUCUUCAAAGAUUGCAGCGAUGACUUUAAGGGCGAAGUCAAGUCAUAUAUGGAUGGUCUUAUAAAGAAGAUUGAUCAGACGCAGCAAAGAUAUGGACUAGACUUUGACCCAAACAAGCAAAAGUUCUUUGCAUUAYCUCAUGCAGUAUUUACGAACAGAACUACCAAACAUCCUAAUCAAGGUAAAACCUCAUCAUAUUUUGUUCGAGAUAGCGAGGUCAUGGAUUGUUGUCCAAGUGAAGGGCAACGUUAUCAUCCAGAGAUGGGACAAGAGGAUAUCACUCUUGGAGUUCCCAGGAUCAAAGARAUUAUAAACGCAUCACGYAGGAUUAGUACUCCUAUCAUAUCGGCACAGCUUACUAACGACACAGACGCUGACCUUGCGAGAGCUGUGAAAGGAAGAAUUGAGAGAACAUUGCUGGGAGAGGUAACUGAAUACAUCGAGGAGGUCUACACGCCUGAUAGUUGUUAUGUACUCCUGCRGCUCGCUUUGAGUAGAAUACGACUGUUAAAGAGUGUGUUUGACCAUUUUUCUUUUAUUUCUCUCACUAUUCAUUUUUUUCUCAUUCAUCUCAUUCCAGGCGUCAAAGGUACAGCGUGCUCAUCUAACAACACGAUAGAGGUGGAAAGAGUCCUUGGGAUAGAAGCUGCAAGGCAAACUAUUAUGAAUGAGAUUAUUUAUACAAUGAAGAACCAUGGUAUGAGCAUUGAUGUACGACAUGUCAUGCUAUUGGCUGAACUCAUGGCUUUCAAGGGAGAAAUACUUGGCAUAACACGGUUCGGUCUCAGUAAAAUGAAGGAAAGCGUGCUGAUGUUGGCUUCGUUUGAAAAGACCGCUGACCAUUUGUUUGAAGCCGCUCUUCACGGGAGAACCGACUCUAUCGAUGGAGUGAGCGAGUGCAUCAUCAUGGGAAUGCCUAUGUCCGUGGGGACUGGAAUCUUCAAACUUUUACAUAAGCCGACCAAUCCUAGGAAACCUUGCAGGCGUCCUAUCAUUUUUGACAACAAAGAAUUUCACUUGCCGUUGACGUCAUGUACCACGUGAUGAUAAAGAUGUGACGUCAUAUUUAUUAUGGGCGUUACUAUCCAACAGCUUCGAAGGCAGGUAGACUCUAAACUCAGUUUGCAAAGUUUGCAACAAAACGAUGGCAUCAUGAAAAAUAUGUGAAUAAUAAUAGCGUCAUUAUUAUUACAAAUUCUGGAACGGCUUUCAGAGUGUAGCGCAGGUUGAUGUCAUGCUAAAUUAAUGACGUAGUGCUAGAUAGAUGACGUCAUAACCGUACGACGUCGUUACAAUUGCAUAUUCUAGAAAAGCUCAGAGUGUAGCCUAUAAUGACAUCGUGAUAAAUAUAUGACGUAAUAUCAGAUGAAUGACGUCAUUAUUUUAGUUCUGUUAAUAAAUACAGCAUGCUAUGCAUGUUGAUGUUUCUGAA